ACAAAAACUCAAAGAUGUACAAAACAAGACUGCCGAGAAUGAAGACACGGUAUCUGCCAUUUUUCACAACGCUUAUAUUCAGAUGAGAGAAUGACCUGGACGAGGGAGUUGGACGAGGCGUGCGUACUCGCCACCCGCGGCGGGUACUGGCACGUGUGCCUGUUUUACUUGCUCUGUGUUCUGGCCGCCAUACCGACUUCGUUUUUAGUGUUUUCACAGGUCUUCACAAACGCGACACCAGAACAUUGGUGUGCUGCCCAACCUGAAUUGAUAAGCCUGGGACUGUCUGAGGAACAGUUACGUCCGCUCCUGGUUCCCGAAGACCAUGACACCUUUGACUCAUGUCAUGCUUACUAUGUGAAGAACUUGGAAUUGUUAAUCGAGAAGGUGAAGGGUGAAAGAGGCACGGUUGGAGGUGGACGAUCUAUUGAUGGUGAACACCAGACACGAAAUAUCAGCAACAUCAUCUUAUCAUUGAGAAGCAAUGAGACCACGGCGUGCAGAAAUGGAUGGUCUUUCAACAAGGAACAUUACGACAGAACUCUUGUCACUGAGUUCUCGCUUGUCUGUGACAAAGACUGGCUGCCUCGAACCAGCAAUACCCUUUUUUGGGUCGGCUCUAUAUUUGGCAACCUUUUCUUUGGAUGGAUGUCCGACAGAUACGGCCGUCGCCCCACCAUUCUCCUGAUGAUCUUCCUGGAAGUACCACUAGCUAUUGCCGCGGCUUUUCCUGGCUCAUACUGGACGUAUGUGGUACUCAGGGUAGUGGCCGGUCUUUUUUUCCCAGCAUUGUAUCAGCUACCCUUUGUGCUGGCUUUGGAACUGAUGCCGCCUUCGAAGAGAACUUAUACAGGUAUUGUGGUCAGCAUGCUGUUUGCCAGCGGCAUGUGUCUCCUGGCUUUGCUUGCAUUCCUUCUCAAGGAUUGGUUCUAUUUGUCUUUAUCAACGAGUCUACCUUUUGUGCUGCUUUAUGGAUAUUACUGGCUGAUACCAGAAUCUCCAAGAUGGCUCGUCAGCAGGGGCCGUAUAGCUGAAGCUGAGAAGGUGCUGAGAAAUAUCGCAAAGAAAAACGGAAUAGAGCUACGUCACGGAUUUCUAUUGGAAAUACAUAAAAGAAUUAAAGAUGAACAAGACACUGAAGCCGAAGUGACAAUGCUUUGCAAUAUAAAUGGUCACGUCAUAGGUUACCAAGACCAAAGGGAUGAAUACACGGAUAGAAGAAUAAGUAACAUGCUAACUUUCAACCCUGAUAUCAACAGAGUGGCCGAAAUAGAUGAAUCAAAAGCAGAUAAUCUUGAAAGAAUCAUAGCUUUAGAAGUAGCAGAAAUUGUAAAUAAGAAAGCGAGAUUAAAAAUACACAGUGACAGUGCGAAAGAAGAUGAAAUAAGAAAUGAUAAUGAAGAAUCUCGAUUGAAUUCAGAAUCGAAUGAAAAAUCAACACAAACAGAUAGUUUUACCAAAUCACCAGCAAGUACUUUAAGAAGAAAGUCUAUACAGUUUGUAAAUAAGAUAUUUACUAAAGAAUACGGAGAAGAUGAGUUGAUAGAAAAUAAAAUAAUGGAUGACCAAAAUUCUGAAGGAGAUUGUAAAGCGUCUCUUUUGGAUAUCUUUAGGUAUCCAAAUAUCAGGAAGAAAUUCUUCAUUCUUACUUUUAAUUGGGUAUCUUUAGGAGUUGUAUAUAAUAGUUUAAGUUAUAAUACGCCUAAUUUAGGAGUAGAUGAUUACUUAGCAUUCUUCAUAGGUGGAGCAGUAGAACUACCCUCGUAUAUAAUAGCGUGGCGUUGCAUGGAAAAGUUUGGACGAAGAUGGGUUCUUUUCACUUUCAUGUUUAUUGGAGGGUUGGCAUGUCUUAGCUGUGCGUUUGUACCUGAAUCAAUGCCCUGGGUGACAGUGUCACUGUCAAUGCUGGGCAGACUGUUCAUAGCUGCGUCUUUUGGAGUUUUCUACGUUCAGAUUGGAGAGCUUCUGCCCACUGUUCUGAGGUCGCAAGCAAUGGGAGCUGCAUCUUUUAUAGCGGGAUUGGGAUUGUUGGCGUGUCCCUAUAUCGUUCAUUUGUCGGUAUACUCCAAGAGCCUGCCACUCACGAUCAUGGGUGUCUUCAGCCUCGCUGGUGGCUUCACCUCCCUGUUCCUGCCUGAGACCCUCAACCAGCCGCUUCCUCAGACCUUGGGUGAUGGUGAACUCUUCGGAAGAAACUUCAAGAUUUUGAGCUGUGUUAAGACAACCAAAGUUUGAUUAUUGUCUAUUCUUCGUCUUGGCGUUGUCCUGGCUACAUCCUCACCCCUCUGGAGAGGAGCCAAAAGUAAUUGACUAUUUUAGUUUAAAUAUCAUCACUAUUUCAUAUUUUAUUUGACGGCCUCUGUGGCGCAGCGGUAGUAUGAUUGGCUGCGACACCGGAGGUCCCGGGUUCGAAUCCCGCUUAGGGCAUGAUAAGAAAAUAACUUUUUUCCGAUUGUCCUGGGUCUUGGAUGUUUAUCUAUAGUAUUUAUUAUCAUUGAGUUAGUAUCUCGUAACACAAGUCUCGAACUAACUUCGAGGCUAGCUCAAUCUGUGUAAUUUGUCCCGUAUAUAUUUAUUUAUUUAUUAAAUGGAGCAAUUUUCGGGUAACGUCAACCACUUAUGUAAAAUGAAUCCAUAACAUCAGUUCCGACGAUUCUUACGGUGUGAAGAAACAUCGUAAACCUAUAAAAUUGACAACUGGCUGUGUUACCGUGAUCAAAAAUGGGUUAGGUGCCCCUUCAAAUGUUGCGGAGAUCUGGGUCAUGUCUCCACUAUCAUAAAAUCCCCACAUAAUAUUGAAAUAGCAAAAGUUAUUAGGUAUUUAAUGGAGAGGAUGAAUGCAAGCAAGUUGACUAAGCAAAUAUAAUACAAGGAGAGGGUAAAUGGGGAGGUAGGAGUGGAAAUUAAGGACGUUCUGGCAAAAGGUUAGGCAGGAAUACCCGAAACCGCCGAGCUUGCAUGAAGAGAGUUAUGAAUGUGGAUGAAGCAAAAGUAGUAUGCUCUGCCUACCCCUCCGGGAAAAAGUCGUGAUUUUAUGUAAGUUACUACUAAACGUUAUUUAUCACCAUUGUCGGCUCAAAAUUACUUCUUAAAUGCAAAUUAUUUGGAGUAAUCAUAGAUUGUACGUACCUAUUCGUAAGUCUCGCACAAA